AUGGCCGGCGUCCCUAAUACAUACGAUGCACCCGUCCACAUCGCCGUCAUAGGCGGGACGGGCAUCUCGUCGCUCCCCGGCUUCUCCCUCGCCGCUACACUUGAUAUCGACACACCAUGGGGCAAGCCAUCCUCCCCCGUUAGCAUCGUCACGCACGCCUCCCCUUCCACUGGGGCGUCUAUUCCCAUCGCUUUCAUCUCGCGCCACGGUCUCCACCACGAGCUUGCGCCCCACGAGGUCAAGAACCAAGCCAACAUCGCCGCCCUACGCCAUCUCGGCGUACGCACUAUCAUCGCUUUCUCCGCCGUGGGUUCUCUACAGGAGGAGAUCCGACCCCGGGACUUUGUUGUUCCCGACCAGAUCAUCGACCGUACAAAGGGUAUCCGGCCAUUUACCUUCUUCGAGAAGGGCAUGGUUGGACACGUGGGCUUCGGUGACCCAUUCGAUAAGCGACUGGCGGAGAUCGUCAGGCGGUGCGGACACAGUCUGGAGGGCGAAGGCGUCACACUGCAUGACAAGGGGACAGUUAUCUGCAUGGAGGGCCCACAGUUCAGCACACGCGCUGAGUCGAACAUGUACCGCACAUGGGGCGGGAGCGUUAUCAAUAUGAGCGCGCUACCCGAGGCGAAGUUGGCGCGCGAGGCCGAGAUCGGGUACCAGAUGAUUUGCAUGGCGACUGACUACGAUUGCUGGAGGGGCAACGGCGAAGAGGAUGUCAAUGUCGAGAUGGUCAUGGCGCACAUGAAGGCGAAUGCAGAGAACGCUCAGCGGUUCAUGGCUGCCGUGUUGAAUGAGCUCACUAAGGAGGAGAAUGGCGAGUUGGUGUUGGCGAAGCACAUGGAAGGCCAGAUGCGGUUCGCGGGCGCUAUGACGAAGAAGGAAGGCAGAGGCCAGGAGGCGGAGAAGAAGCUGCAGUGGUUGUUCCCGGGGUACUUUGAAUAA